AUGUUGACCAAGUUCGAGACCAAAUCCGCGCGGGUGAAAGGUGCAAAUCCCGGGAAAAGCGUCGGAAAAUCGGGAUUCGGGGAAUGCGGGAAGGACAAAAAGCGGCGAAAACGAGGAGGAAAAUCCGUUAAAAAAAAGCGGGAAUCGCCUCCACCGCCCCGGAUUUCCCGGGAUUUCCCAGGAUUUUCCAGGAUUUGGGGAUUUCCCGGGAUUUCCCAGGGAAUUCCAGAGGUUUUUCCCGGCUCAGGGCCCGUCCGAGGCAUCGACUUCCACAAGCAGCAGCCGCUCUUCGUCUCCGGAGGCGACGACUACAAAAUCAAGGUCUGGAAUUACAAACUGCGGCGCUGCCUCUUCACCCUCCUGGGGCACCUGGAUUACAUCCGGACAACCUUCUUCCACCAUGAAUAUCCCUGGAUCCUGAGCGCCUCCGACGACCAAACCAUCCGCGUGUGGAACUGGCAGUCGCGCACCUGCGUCUGCGCCCUCACCACGUUCUCUGGAUUUCCUCGUGCCAGCAACCUGGAGAACAGCACCUACGACCUCUACAGCAUUCCCAAGGACGCCGAUUCCCAAAAUCCCGACGUGUGCGCCCAGUUCCACCCCAGCGAGGACCUGGUGGUGUCGGCCAGCCUGGACCAGAGCGUCAGGGUUUGGGACAUUUCCGGGCUUUCCUUCCACCCCAAGCGGCCGUGGGUGCUGAGCAGCCUCCACAACGGCGUCAUCCAGCUCUGGGAUUAUCGCGUCUGCACCCUCAUCGACAAGUUCGACGAGCACGAUGGUGAUUUCCAUGGAAAAACGGGAAUUUCCCAUGGAAAAAUGGGAAUUCCCCACGGAAAAACGGGAAUUUUGGCCGCCACAACGGUGGAAUGCCACAACGGUGAAAUGCCGGUGUUCAUUCUCACUGCCAUGACGUUCCGGUUGUUUUUCCGGCUGUUUUCCAUAGGCCAUGACGGUGGGAUGUUGGUGUUCAAGCUGGAGCGGGAGCGGCCGGCUCUGGCCGUCCACGGCAAUUCCCUGUUCUACGUCAAGGACCGGUUCCUGCGGCAGCUCGACUUCAGCUCCUCCCGCGACGUCGCCGUCAUGCAGCUCCGCAGCGGCUCCAAGUUCCCGGUGUUCAGCAUGUCCUACAACCCUGCCGAGAACUCCGUGCUCCUCUGCACCGUGAGUCCCAAAAUCCCCGAGUUUUCCCCCAAAAAAACUGUAUUCCCGCCUGUAUUCCCAGUUUCAUUCCCGGUUCCAUUCCCGGCUGUAUUCCCGGUUCCAUUCCCGCCUGUAUUCCAUUCCCGGCUGUAUUCCCGGCUGUAUUCCCGGUUUCAUUCCCGCCUGUAUUCCCGGUUUCAUUCCUGGUUUCAUUCCCGGUUUCAUUCCCGGUUCCAUUCCCGCCUGUGUUCCCUCCCCGCAGCCAUCCUGCUGUGUAACCGGAAGCUGGAGUCGCUGUGCCAGAUCCACGAGAACAUCCGGGUGAAGAGCGGCGCCUGGGACGAGAGCGGCGUCUUCAUCUACACCACCAGCAACCACAUCAAAUACGCCGUCACCUCGGGGGAUCACGGCAUCAUCCGCACGCUGGACCUGCCGAUCUACGUGACGCGCGUGCGCGGGAACAGCGUGCACUGCCUGGACCGCGAGUGCCGGCCCCGCGUGCUCAGCAUCGACCCCACCGAGUUCCGCUUCAAACUCGCCCUCAUCCACAGGAAGUACGACGAGGUGCGGGAAUCCAUUCCCAAAAAUCCCCAAAAUCCGGGAAUUCCUUCCCAGAUCCUGAUCAAGAACCUGAAGAACGAGAUCACCAAGAAGAUUCCGGUUCCCAACUGCGACGAGAUUUUCUACGCCGGCACCGGGAAUUUGCUCCUGCGCGACUCCGACUCCGUCACCCUCUUUGAUGUCCAGCAGAAAAGGACUUUGGCGUCGGUGAAGAUCUCCAAGGUGAAAUACGUGAUCUGGUCGGCCGACAUGUCCCACGUGGCCCUGCUGGCCAAGCACGUUGUUCCCGUCGUUCCAGAAUCCCUGGCGUUCCUGACGGCCGCCACGCACGGGCUGGACGAGGAGGCUGAGAGCCUGCGGGAAUCCUUCGAUCCCGAGAAGGAGACGAUCCCGGCCGUGGAUCCGGAGGCGCGGCUGCUGCAGCCGCCGGCCCCGGUGCUGCCCCUGGACACCAACUGGCCCCUCCUGACCGUCUCCAAGGGAUUCUUCGAGGGCUCCAUCGCCGGGAAAGGAAAAGGAGGAGCCCUGGCCGCCGACAUCGACAUGGACGCCGUGGGCACCGAGGGUUGGGGCGAGGACGCCGAGCUGCAGCUGGACGAAGACGGAUUCGUGGAUGCCGGGGAAGGAUUCGGAGAGGAGGGAACGGGAAAAGGGCAGGAGGAAGGAGGAGGAUGGGAAGUGGAAGAAGAUUUGGAUCUUCCCCCCGAGCUGGACGUCGCCGCCGGCCCCGCGGGAGCGGCCGAGGACGGAUUCUUUGUGCCCCCCACCAAAGGCACCAGCCCAGCCCAGGUGUGGUGCAACAAUUCCCAGCUCCCCGUGGAUCACAUCCUGGCAGGAUCCUUUGAGACAGCCAUGAGGCUGCUCCAUGACCAGGUGGGAGUGACCAACUUCGGCCCCUACAAGCAGCUCUUCCUGCAGACGUUUUCCCGAGGCCGGACGACAUUCCAGGCGCUUCCCAGCCUCCCCGCCAUGUACGGAUUCCCACACCGCAACUGGAAGGAGGGCGGGCUGAAGGGAGCGCUGCCGGCCGUGGGGCUGAAGCUGGGCGAGCUGAUCCAGAGGCUGCAGCUCUGCUAUCAGCUCACCACCGCCGGCAAGUUCGAGGAGGCCGUGGAGAAAUUCCGGCUGAUCCUGCUCAGCGUCCCCCUGCUGGUGGUGGAUAACAAACAGGAGAUCGCUGAGGCGCAGCAGCUGAUCGCCAUUUGCCGGGAAUACAUCGUGGGAUUGUCCAUGGAGAUCGAGAGGAAGAAGCUGCCCAAGGAAACGCUGGAGCAGCAGAAGAGGAUCUGUGAGAUGGCCGCCUACUUCACGCACUCCCAGCUGCAGCCCGUGCACAUGAUCCUGGUGCUCCGCACUGCCCUCAACCUCUUCUUCAAACUCCGCAACUUCAAAAGCGCCGCCACCUUCGCCCGGCGCCUGCUGGAGCUCGGCCCCAAGCCCGAGGUGGCCCAGCAGACGCGGAAGAUCCUGGCGGCGUGCGAGAAGAACCCCAUCGACAGCCACCAGCUCAACUACGACCAACACAACCCCUUCGACAUCUGCGCCGCCUCCUACCGCCCCAUCUACCGCGGCAAGGCCCUGGAGAAAUGUCCCCUCAGCGGCGCCUGCUACAGCCCCGAGUUCCGCGGGCAGAUCUGCCGCGUUACCACGGUGACGGAGAUCGGGAAGGACGUGCUGGGGCUACGCAUCAGCCCCCUCCAGUUCCGCUAGGAAUUCUCCUGGAUAAGGAAAUUCCCACUCCCCAUUCCAGCAUUUCACUCCUCCCCUUUGGCCAUUCCCAUCCUCCCUUCCAGGUUUUUCCCCACUUUUAGCAGGAAUUUUUGUUCUCCUCCUUCCCAGACCGGUUUUUCCUGCGCUUUUAUCCCGGAUUUUUUCCAGAGGCAGCUUUUCCCAAAUCCUGGUUGUGACACAACCACCUCUGCUCCCCUUAAAACCCCAAAAAACUUGGAAAAGCCGGGAUUGGCUCCGUAAAUCCCCAAUCCAGGGAAACCCUGCUCCCUCUGGAAGCGGCUCCGUUGCUCCUUGCGUCGUUGUGGUGGCCGCUUAACGAGCUCCCCUCGUUAAUAAAGUUUGUUAAUCACCUGGA